AUGGCAUAUUGCCAACUGAACCUGUGGCUUAAAGUUUCUAAACUCAAUAUUUCACGUUCAAAGUAUACAGUUUCCAGAUCAAUAUAUCGUUUAAAGUGUUUUGUUUUGGAGUCAAUCUUGGAUUCUUUUUUGUUUCGUAAAAUAUUUCGCUCACAGGUGCAGGCAACAUUUCGGGAGGCAGUUGAGGGUCAGAAUGGCGCUUUAGUAAUUUUGGAUUGGUAUAUACCGAACAAAUUAGUCAAAAUUUGUUCGGAAUGUGGACAUUUUAUACCUAAAACCGGUGGAUACACCACCAAUCCUAUGGAAGUUGGUGGUACACAUCAGGUUCAGGAAUCGGCUGUAGAAACUGAUGCGCCAAUUGGAGAUGCAAACAGUUCGGUUAGAUCAUCACAUUCUAGUUCAAAACUUGUUGCAUUAAAAACAACAAUUUCCUGCCCUACUCUUUACGACCGUGAUAUUAGUUCGGUUUCCUUACUUGAGGGUGUUAUUGCUGAAUUAAAUGAGCAAUUGACAUCUGAAGAGAACCAACUUAUGAAUGAGAGUGUUCUAAAAAGAGAAAGCCUUAGUCAUAAAACAUUUGAAUUAACAAAUGCCAAGGUUGCCAGAGGGGUUGUUAUAAUAAUUGGUGAUAUGAAUGUCUCAUAUAAUGUUUCUUUUCAACAAACCUCUUGUAACUGUGCUAAUAAAUGUGAUAAUAUGGAUAAAAAAUGCGAAGUUUGUAUGAAAGACUACGUAGGAUUAAAUGCAGAACCGCCAACUAUUAUUGCAACAAAAUGCUUGAUUAAAGAUUUGUUACGGUUGGGAUUUAUAUGUAUUAAUAUUCAUCUCAACAUAAAUCUAGGGAUGGCUAGUGAGGCAUAUCCAGGCUUGAUCGGCCUCAGGUCAUUUCCUAUCUCGUUAUAUAGCAAUGUACUGGUAGAUUUGGAUUGUGUUCUCAAUAGGAUUUCUGAAAGGUUUCCAACUUCCCCGUUGUCCUUUAUAAGUGUUGGUUUUGGCGCAAAUAUAUUAAUGGAAUAUAUUUCACUGGCGUCGUCUCACAGAUCCUUUAAAACUGCACCAGAUAUGGAUCAAGAUGCAAACCCAUCUAAUUUGCACUCAAUGUUCUCCAAGAUGAACAGCACACAAAACCCCCAAGUGGGAAAGCUCGCAUCGCUAGGUGAAAUGCGGACGAAUAACACUUUAACUUUUAAUUUGAAUCUGAAACCUGAGACAUCAGAUUCUAAUCCUAGUGAGUUUGAUAAAUUACAGCACUUCCUUCAAAUUAAUGAUCCUGUUAAUACGACUGAUUCUAAUGAUAUUCAUAUUAAGGAUGGAUUCUAUAUGAGCAAAAUCGUUCCAGACAAAAAAUAUUCUUUUCUUUCAAAUGCUGAUCCUCCAAAUGUACCUAUGCAGAGUGAUGAUUAUAAAACGCAAGAUGGAUCCGCAAAUGGUGACAUCUCUGAUAGGAAAAAUAUGAAUAAUACAGAUGAUAAUAUGGGAAAUGAGGAUAAUAAAGAAUUUACAGUUGGAACAAGAGUUAUUUUUCCACAUCCCCUGUCAUGCGAACUUUCUUUUAAUAUAAAGAACAUUUCUUCCGUUGUAUGUAUCAAUUUAAAUUUAAGGGAACACGAUAAUGUACUGUACAACUUUACCAAGAUCAAUGAUUAUGAGGACAGUUGCCCGUACAGGAAACUUUGUACUUCUUCUUUAAGUUCUAAUCUUUUGCAACUUUUAAAUCAAAUUAAAUACACCAGGAAAAGUUCUUCCACUAAAAGAGAUCAAAAGUUAUCAUGUGGCCAUUAUGGUAAAGAAAAGAAUUCCGGAAAUUUAAAGAAAUUAUUUAACCGAUCGGGUACUAGGAGUGCUACCAACAAAGAUUCGGGUGCCCUAAGUAUUGUCGAACAAACUAUAACACGUUUACAUAGGGAAUACCACAAUUCAUAUAGAGAAAUGAAGAAAAAUACCUUGACAUUUAUAAAUUAUGGUUCAAUGUUAUUUGAAAGUAUGGGAAUAAGGAGUUGUGCUGAUUUCAAGAUCUCAAUUUUGAUGACUCUGAAGCAAAGGAUUGAAGGUUUAACACAAGAUAUUCGGGGGAAAUCCAGAAUUACGGAAAUACCAAUAUAUAAUUACACAAACAGAAAGAUUAGCACGUGUUUGAGGUUGGGAAGGACUAGUUUUGAUUCUAACAGGGACAGAUUUAUAGCAAAUAUAAAGAGAUUCCCAGAUUAUAAAAUAAGCAGGUACAUAAAUGGUCUUAUAAACAGAGAGUAUGCGAGAAAUAUCAGUAAUAUAAAGAAAAACCUUGAAUGUGUAUCAAUUCCAACUUUAUUUCUCUACUCUUUGGAUACUUCACUUUUUGGUUGGAAAGACAUAGAUAUUUUUGAUGUCAUCAAGUUAGUUUUAUACGGUGAUGAUCAUUACAACAUUUAUAGGAACCCUAAUUUUGUAUACUAUGUUUGUCAAAGCGGAGGAUACUCGACUUUUCUCACGGGACUACACCCCUUCCCCUGGUUCAUUGGACCAACUAUAGAGUUUUUGGAAGAAAUGACUACUAAAAGCUUUACGUUUUAA